GGUAUAAAAGAGAGAGGCAGCGAACAGAGGGAAGGCGAAGAGAGACUGCAGAAAGAGAGCCGAGGAACACAAACUCGCCUUUGUUUUGCAUCUCUGCACUUGCUCCCCGAGCAAGAAAUCAAGCCUCAGAAAACUUCCCUGCUGAGAAGCAAAGUUAAAUAAAAACGCAAUGGACGUCGCAGCCCCCGCAGAUAAGAAGGCACCCCCCAAGUUCAAGGCAAGGGCCAUGCGCACCUUCAAGAGCAAGGCCCCUAAACCAGGCCAGAAGGGGUACGGAGACGACAUCCCCGGAAUGGAAGGACUCGGCACAGACUUCACCGUGAUCUGCCCGUGGGAGGCUUUUGGCGACAUGGAACUGAGCGAUUUGGCUAAAUACGGAAUUGUGUAGCUGCCCCUUUCCCCUUUCUUUAGCCCCUUUCUCCUGAGGCCCAGGCCACUAAUGCCCCGUGCCCUCACAGUGCAGAGUGGUCUGGGCAGCUCAAAUCUUUAAGAUGAAUGAACGCCAUAGUUUGAGGGUGUAACUGUAAUCUGAGGUAUUUGGCCCGAGAAAAACGGCCGUUUAAAUUCUAAACAUGACCGCUGAAGAGAGGUUCCCCGAUAGCUUCUGUCUAGACCCGAGAGAAGUGUUUCCCCGAAGUGCAUCAGCCCUGCACGGACGCUGCUUUCUGGAAGACGUUCGUCCGUAAAGAUAAUGAGCUCGGUCUUGUGAAGAGGUUUGAAGUACACGCCGUUUCGAUUUUACAGCCAUGUUGUUUUCCCUCGUCUAUCUGGCCCCGUUCCUCUCUGGCCUGUUUCUAUACAGAUGUAUAUUUAUGUACUUCAAGCUCAAAUCUGUUGUAUUUUUAUGGUCUGGAAGAGUUUGUGUGUGUGUUUCAACACUAUUACAUCAGCAUGGCUAACCUGAGCUAACUCAGCUACCAAACCAGCUGUACAGGGGAAGACGAAAUAAAAUGGUUUGUUUCCAUAAAAAAA